UGCACUGAGGCAUUGCAUCCAAAGAGGAAACAUGACGUUUUUCAGUCUGUGUGUUUUAUUAUCACUGGCGGUCACAGCUUACUGUGUUCCAACAACGGCAGUUACUUUACAAGAUGAAGAUUUUGCACAGAACUACCUGAAGAACUUCUUCAACCUGACGGAGGAUCAGGGUCCAUCCAUCAGACGAGGGAUCAGCCCGGUGACCAAGAAGCUGAGCGAGAUGCAGCGGUUCUUCGGUCUCAGGAUCACGGGGACGUUGGAUGCCGACACUCUGGAGUUGAUGAAGAAGCCCCGCUGUGGCGUUCCUGACGGCAACAUCGCCCGAUACUCCACAUUUGGACGAGACUUCAAAUGGAACAAACACAGUCUCUCCUACAGGAUUGAGAAUUACACACCUGACAUGUCCAGGUCUGAGGUCGACAGCUCUAUAGACAAAGCUCUGCAGGUUUGGGCCAAAGUUACUCCUCUGAGGUUCACAAAGAUCUCCAGCGGCACUGCAGACAUUAUGAUCUCCUUCGGUCGCCGAUCACAUAAUGACUAUUACCCGUUCGAUGGACCCGGUGGGACCCUCGCCCACGCCUUCGCUCCAUCUCCUGGAAUCGGAGGAGACGCUCAUUUUGAUGAAGAUGAGAGAUUCACCUUCCGCUCAAACAGAGGUUUCGUCCUCUUCAUGGUCGCCGCCCAUGAGUUCGGUCACUCUCUGGGUUUGUCCCACUCGGAUGAUCCCGGUGCUCUCAUGUAUCCCACGUACUCAUACCGGAACCCCGACACCUUCACUCUGCCCCGGGACGACAUUAAGGGCAUCCAGGCUCUUUAUGGUCCAAAUCCCACCCAGGCCCCUGAUGACCCUGGAACCCAACCCCCCGCCACCCCCGACGCCUGUGACUCCACCAUGGUUCUGGACGCCGUCACCACUCUGCGAGGAGAAAUGCUCUUCUUCAAGGACAGUUUCUUCUGGCGUAGCAACCCCCAGAGCAACACAUAUCAGCAGAGCCUCAUCACUAGAUUCUGGCCCAAUGCACCGACCAAAAUCGACGCUGCUUAUGAAAGCCGGCAAUCAGACAGAGUGUAUUUAUUUAAAGAUCGCAGGGUGUGGGCUUACUCUGGAUAUGAUCUUGUCGACGGCUUUCCUAAAAAAUUCACCCGCCACGGUCUCCCCAGAUGGAUGAGGAGAAUCGAUGCUGCUUUCCAUGAUGUGGACUCUGACAGGACGCUGCUCUUUAUGGGCGACUAUUACGUGAUAUAUGAUGAGGCCAAACAGAGAACAGAGGGAUACGGACGGGUCGACGGGAAAUUCUCAGGUCUGAACGGGAAGGUGACAGCAGCGUUCCAGUACAAAGGUUUCACCUACAUCUACAGCGGACCGUACAUGUUCGAGUACGACUAUCGGAGCGGCAGAUUGUUCCGAGUUCUGAGGAACGGAUACUUCCUGCGCUGCACGAACCAAUAAACCACAAGAAAUACAAGAAAUUAGACAGAAGAACACGUCAGGUUUUUCUAUUUCUAAUGAAUCAGUUUAGCAUUAAUCAAUAAACAGAGCACAGGAGUAUGAACAAACAUAAUUGUAUACAUUUUCAUGUCUGUUCUGUUGAAUGUACAUAUAAUAUGGAAUUCACACUUUAUGAAAUUCACAGUAUAAACUUGUUUCUGCUGUAAAGAACCAUCUACUCACGACAUUUAGAGAAUAUUAUUCUGAUGCUGCUGGUUUAUUAAUCUUAUAUAACUGAUUUGUAGAGUCAAAUGCAAAUAAUUAGCACAUUGAAAAUACACUAAUCAUCCUAUUUAUUUAUAAUUUGAAUGAGUACAAAACACAUUAUCUGAUAAGUGUACAGUAAAAGAUGGGCUAGAAAACGCACAAAUAAAUAAAAGGUUCUUUAACAUGAACUAAAAUAUCCAGAGAAUGUAUUUGAAUUGUUUUGGGAGUUUGUUUUCUUUCAUUUUUUGCUGGUUAAACCUGUAGUUGUGUUUUUAUUCGGGGUAAACCAGGAUAUCUAUUCUGUACUGUUUCAUAUGCAUGUGAAAGUGUUACAGGUGUCAAAACUGACGAAAGCCUUGCAAAUAAAAUUACUCUCAAACAU